AUGGAGGAGGUACGGGUGAUUGAGACGCGAAAGGGUCCCAUCACUGAAAUUGAAGCGCUCGACAGCGAUUUGGACAUGAUCCCAGCCCUGUUUCAAUUGGAGCACCUUUUCGAUUUUCGCGAAUACCUCUGUCAACAUCGAACGCAGAUCGAGGGGCUUGUGGCCCGUCAUCUCGGCAUCUCGACCGCUCAAUUCCGACUGAGCGAAGAGCCUGAAUGGAUAUCUGGGAGUUUCAACAUAUGUUUGCCAAUCCACAUCGACAGAUCUCGGAACACGAAUCGCCCAGGACGAGCCAUGAUUCGCUUUCUCCUUCAUUUCAAUGUCGGCGAGUCUUUCAGCCCAGGAAGUGCUGACGAGAAGCUUCGCUGUGAAGCGGCGACCUACAUCUGGCUUCGAGGGAACUGUCCUAGUAUUCCUAUCCCUCGCCUUCUUGAGAUGGGAUUUCCGGGAACACAGUCGUUCACCUCAAUCGACAACGAGUCGAUGAUCAAUCGCAUAUACUGGCUCUUCAGGCGAUGCAUAGCAUGGUGGUACGAUGAGACGCUUGCGCCUUAUUUUCCCCAUCGCCGAGAGAGUCUUGCUGAGCAUGGAUAUCUACUGAUAGAAUAUGUUGAAGAGGGAAAAAUGCUAUGGACGAGCUGGAAACAGCACCACGGUGACAGCAAGCGUAAGGUCAACCUCUACCGAGGCCUCGCCAACAUCAUGCUUGAUCUAGCGAAAAUACCGCAGCCUCGAAUAGGCUCGUGGACAAUGAAUGACCGUGGCGUAUUAUCCUUGACAAAUCGGCCAAUCUCGGAUUUGACUUUCUUCUGGAACAAACAUCAGAUCCCGACGGGCGUAUCAAGAACAACAACUUACAAUUCCACGGAGCCAUUCAUCCACGACAUGAUCCGAUACCACGAUCUUCGUAUGCGUCAUCAGCCGAAUUCGAUCCUCAGUCAGAACGAUGGAAACCUCCAACUCUCUGCCUUGAUAGCUUUGCGUGCUUUCCUCCCGAAAUUCUGGAACCAAGAUUCCCGCAACGGCCCUUUCGUCUUCGCUUUCAACGAUAUGCACCAAAGUAACAUUUUCGUCGAUGAUGAUUGGAACAUCACCAGCCUGAUUGAUUUGGAAUUCGCUUCAGUCCGUCCUAUACAAACAGUCCGAGUACCCAGCUGGCUCAACAACUGUGGUGUUGAUCAAUUCGAAGGGGUGCAGCUGGAGGAAUACGAAGCCCUGCAUAAUCUCUUCGUUGAUGUUAUACAAGAAGAGGAGAAAUCACGACGGCUACCUUUCACUUGCAGCGAACUUCUACGAGAGAAUUGGRAGACAGGUCGAGUUUGGUAUACAAUGGCUUGGGAGAGCCUGAAUGCUUUUCCGGCGAUUUUCGAACAGCAUUUGCAACCCAUGUAUUUCAAGGAGUUGAGGUCGGAUGUGGAAGGGAUGGCUCUUGCGAGACUGUGGGAUGAGGAUGUUGAUGGAUUUAUCCAGAGGAAACUUGAGGAUAAUGAAAGGUAUCAGAAGAGGAUACGCGAGAUCUUUGCUGAGUUUGGAGAGAGGAAGGGAUGA